UGUGGUCAAGGAAAGGAAGCCCUAAGAUCUUCGGCAUCAAUACCUGUCCGAAGGUCAGUCUACCUUGUACGACAAGCAACACAACCACAGAGGCUCAGGGAAUAAAUGGGAGGACACCAGCAAAACGCUCAGCUGCAAGUCCAAAGCCACAAGUGCCUCCAAAGCCAUUACACCUGCAGAAUUUACCUACACCCCAAGUCCCCAGGCAUAAAGCUUUACCGAGUGCAAAACCAAGGAUGGAGGAAGCUAAUCCAGCCCCUACGUCCUGUGCCUCAAAAGGGAAACCUAGUAAGGUGUCAGACCUCAUCAGUCACUUUGAAGGAGGCAGUGUUUUGUCAAGUUACAUCGAUUUGCAAAAAGAUUCUACAGUGAACCUAAAUAUUCCUCAAACUCCGGGACAGCAUGGAUUGACCUCCACACCUCCACGGAAAUUCCUAACCCAGCACUCUCCACAGAAGCAGGAAAACAAUACAGAUCCGACUCAGGGCCAGCGCGGUGGUUUGGCCAACGGUGUGGUGGCUGCGCAAAGUCGGGCGGAUUGUGGGGACGGGAAAGCGGCUGUGAGGAGCCCAGAGGCUGCUGUUCAAAGUGCUGAGGCCUCUCCUGACACACACUUGGUGAACGGAGAAGGAAAUGAAACUGCCACAGAUUCUGCAUCAUCCAUAACCAAAAACCAUGAUGAAGAUGCCUCUGACAGCAGCCGCCGGACUCGGGGUGCUGACUUAGGGCUGCCCUCCAAAGGAGGAGGGUCAGGGAUGGAAGCUGAGCUACCAGAGAAGGAGAAUGGCGUGAACACCAUGGAACUGGAUAAGUUGGACCAGCACCCUGAAAUGAAGGAGACUAAUGAGCAGAAACUUCACAAAAUAGCCAGUGAGCUUUUGCUUACAGAAAGAGCGUACGUCAGCCGGCUCAACCUCUUAGAUCAGGUAUUUUAUUGCAAACUGUUAGAAGAAGCGAACCGAGGCUCAUUUCCUGCAGAGAUGGUGAAUAAAAUCUUUUCUAACAUUUCGUCAAUAAAUGCCUUCCACAGUAAAUUUCUGUUGCCAGAGCUGGAGAAGCGGAUGCAAGAAUGGGAAACUACACCCAGAAUUGGAGACAUCCUGCAAAAGUUGGCUCCGUUCCUGAAGAUGUACGGAGAGUAUGUCAAAGGCUUUGAUAAUGCCGUGGAGCUGGUUAAGAACAUGACAGAGCGUGUUCCCCAGUUCAAGGCAGUGACGGAGGAGAUUCAGAGGCAGAAGAUCUGUGGAAGCUUAACCCUGCAGCACCACAUGCUGGAGCCUAUUCAGCGCAUCCCUCGCUAUGAGAUGCUCCUUAAGGACUACCUGAAGAAGCUGUCCCCUGAGUCCCCAGACUGGAAUGAUGCAAAAAAGUCACUUGAAAUUAUAUCUACAGCAGCAAGCCAUUCUAAUAGUGCAAUAAGGAAAAUGGAGAACCUGAAGAAACUCUUAGAGAUUUAUGAGAUGUUGGGAGAAGAAGAAGACAUUGUAAAUCCCUCAAAUGAACUCAUAAAAGAAGGCCAAAUCCUCAAACUAGCAGCUCGGAACACAUCAGCACAGGAGCGCUACCUCUUCUUAUUCAACAACAUGUUGCUGUAUUGUGUACCCAGAUUCAGCUUGGUGGGCUCCAAAUUCACAGUUCGAACAAGAGUCGGCAUUGACGGGAUGAAAGUGGUGGAGACUCACAAUGAAGAAUACCCACACACUUUCCAGGUGUCUGGGAAAGAAAGAACGCUGGAGCUGCAGGCCAGCUCUGAACAAGAUAAAGAAGAAUGGAUCAAGGCCCUUCAAGAGAGUAUCGAUGCUUUUCAUCAAAGGCAUGAAACCUUCAGAAAUGCAAUUGCAAAGGACAAUGACAUCCACCUAGAAGUGUCUACUGCCGAGCUAGGAAAGAGAGCCCCGAGAUGGAUACGUGACAACGAAGUGACGAUGUGUAUGAAGUGCAAAGAGCCCUUCAACGCCCUGACAAGAAGGCGGCAUCACUGCCGGGCAUGUGGACACGUGGUUUGCUGGAAAUGUUCUGACUACAAAGCCCAGCUUGAGUACGACGGUGGGAGACUGAACAAAGUCUGUAAAGACUGCUACCAAAUAAUAAGUGGAUUCACAGACAGUGAAGAGAAGAAGAGAAAGGGGAUUCUGGAGAUUGAAUCAGCAGAAGUAUCAGGAAAUAGCGAAGUGUGCAGUUUUCUCCAGUACAUGGAGAAGUCGAAACCUUGGCAGAAAAUAUGGUGUGUGAUCCCCAAGCAAGACCCCCUAGUGCUGUACAUGUAUGGCGCUCCUCAGGACGUCAGAGCGCAGGCCACCAUACCACUCCUGGGCUACAUCGUGGACGACAUGCCAAAGAGUGCAGAUCUGCCACACAGUUUCAAACUGACCCAGUCCAAGUCUGUGCACAGCUUUGCUGCCGACAGUGAGGAACUGAAGCAGAAAUGGCUGAAAGUCAUCCUUCUAGCUGUCACCGGGGAGACACCAGACGACCCAAGUGAGCAUCUAGACACCUCGAACAACCUCCCAGGACCCAAGAGAAAGUCAGAAUGCUGAACUCCAGCAGCUGCCAGUGUGGAGUCUCAAGUAAGACAAAUAGCUCAAGACGCCCCAACUCUCCAUCCUCGUCUCUUAGCACUUUACAUUGAAAACUGUGGUUUCAUAAACACAUCUUUUGGGGACUUUUUAAAUAUGUUUGUAUACUCUUAAUAAAAUCAAUGUGCAGGGCCAUUCUUCUGUUGAAGUUCUGAAAUAAUGUGGCAAGUGGAACAUUUUUGAUAAGCUAUUCCUUAAUUAUGUAUGUUGACCUUGAGGGGGUGGGGAACGGAUGUCAAUUGACUGCGUCACUACCUGGUUAUAAUGGGCCUUUCGUUUAAGGCCUUCAAUGUCUUGUUCACGUGUAGGACUUGUAACAGUGGGAAGGAUAUACCUCCGUGUAACCAAAAGAGAUCUUUGGUAAAAAGUACAGGGACAGUUUAGAGUAUCGUAUGAACGUGUCUAGUUUGUAAGUCUCAUGCUACAGAAAUUGUGUCUGUUCUUAUACAACACAAAAAAGAUAGGUUGCUAAUGUUCCCACUUUUGACUUAAGAUAAUACUUGUUUUUGCAGAAUUACUCCUAAUAAUAAACUAUCUAAAAUAGAAAUCGAUUUACUUGUAUAGAGUAUUGAAAAUAAGUAUGAACGUGAGCUUUUCUCUUCAGCUUUAGUUCCGUUUUCACUCCAGCUCAUUUUUUAAGUGUAAAACCUAUAUUGUCUCUGAACUCAGCGCUGUUCUAAACUUAAGAAGAAAAUUUUGGUGAUUUAUGUUUAACUGAUUGGAAUCCAAAUGUAGUGAUAUUUUUAUAGUAAAGUAUCAGUAAUUUAUGUGGUGUAGGCUAGAGUCUGAAUUCCAACAGUAUUUUUAGAGUACUAUUUUUUAGUUCUGUACCUAUUUAAAACAGUGCCUCUCUUAGAAGGUGCUAUUAAUACUUAUUUAGAUAAAAGAUGGGGGGGUUAGUUAAUGUUAACUAAACAUUAUUAUUUUACCUACUCUGACUAUUCUCAACUUAAGUGCACUUUGGUUACUGAGAUAAAAAAUUGUAUGGAUUAUUUUACUUUUUACCAUAACAUACUUGUCUUAGUAAUUUAAUGUCAUCACGUACAAAACCUUUUACUAAAGCUUGAACUAUGUAAGACAUGUAACCGUAUACAGACCUGGGAUAUGUGGAAAACAUGUUUAAUGUUUUCCUCUCUAUAAGAAUAUCGUGAGUGGAAAUGAGGACUACAUAGAAUGAACACGUACGACUGCUGUGGGAGCCUUCCUUCUGUCAGUUACAGAACACAGCCCAUGCAUGUGCCAGCUCACGUGGGAGAAGGCAUCAUUACAUAGGGAGUAGAGAAAAAUCCUGCCGACUCAUGCGCUAGAAAACAGAGCGGAAAUCCGUAUUGCAGAGUCCACGCAGGUUUCCAGGAGGUGCGAAGCAUUGGAGAAAGUGGAGUUCUUCUCUCUUUUUAUCCUGCAUGGAAUCUCAGAUGAACUAUGGCUGUCUGUUAUAAAGUCUACUCUCCAUUAGUUUGUGACUGAAUUGCCUAUUUUUAACCUUUAAUACUUUUCUCAUAGUAGAGGUUUUCUCUCACUUUUUCAUACUCUAAACUUUAACUCUUUUACUGUACCAUUUCCUAGGAAUCCACAAGAAUGUCUCCACUACACACAGUCUUUAAGGGCUACACUUGAGGCCACCACACAUUUAAACAGCUCAUGAUGCAUAAGAAAGGUUUCUUGUUUUUUCCUACUCCAAAGGAGCAAGGGAACCAGUUAGGUUCCCUUCAUCCAUGAAAUACCAGACCUGAUUAUUAACAUUAAACCAUCAACUCAGAGCCACCAAUGGGAGAAACAAAAAGCCAACUUCUUAUUCGCUACUAAAUGAGGCCCGAAUAAAAAGAAAGUGUACAUCGUUUCUCUUUUCUGGUUGUCAACAUUGGUGCUGCAUUUGGGUGGGAGAAAAAGAGGCAGGUGUGCAGGGCACCUGUUGGCAGAAUGAAGCAAUAACUCGACCCCUGACUUUACUUUUCAUAGCUCAAGAAAAGAGAAGCAGUGAGAUUGUAGAAUGACUAUCAAAAUAAAGAUUACUUUUGUAAAUAUGAAUAGAAGAAUGAAUGGGAUAUCCCACUUAGAAGAUUUAUGUCAGAUUACUUAAAAAAUAUAUUUGAUCAGCAAGAAGACUACAUGUUUAACUACCAGAAAAUUCUUGUAUAGAAGUAAUGUGGAUAGAUGCUCGGUGUUGCAUAACUUAGAUUAUUGAAAGAAUACUCAUAAAGAAGAUGUUAGCAUGCUCUUAUUUUUCAUUAAAUAAGGAGUGUUAGUUCCAGAAGAAGGGCUGUGGCCAUUUCAGUCACCACCUUAACUGCUCUGCCUGUACGUACUCUUAGCCAAGCACAGUGAGCAGCUGUCCCAUCUCGCUCUCAAGAAAAUCCCUAAUAAUUUCAGUAGGAGAAGAAAAGUGAUAGAGUAAUAUUAGUUACAUCUUAAAACCGCAACUCUGGGGCUAAGGAGGCUUCUCUGCAAAGAUGAGAAACAGAAUUCAGUCAGCUCUCCAGAACGCACACCAAGGCGAGGUGAGCAUGGCCCAGCACAGCAGGGACAAGGGCAGGAAACUCUGGUGCAGGUUCAGACUAGGUGAGCAUGGCCCAGCACGGCAGGGGCAGGCAACCCUGGUGUAAGUUCUCUAGCCAGAAGAGCAAAAGCAGAGAGUAUAAGGACAGCACAAAACCUUGCCUCAGUGAGGUAGAGCGGUGCCAUGACAUGACGUAAAACUCAGUUCUCUACACAUAUGCACAACUGCCCAAGUUUAUGUGAACACAUGCGUGGAUAACAUGGAUAACAUGCAUGUGUACAUAUAUUUAAAAAAUUGAUUAAAAAAGUUGUAAUUUGAGGGGUUAUUAGAAUAAUUAACCCUCUUUCUGAGAUAGCUGAGGUUUCGUGAUAAAUUGAGCCUGGAAAUAUCCUUUGCUCUCCUAUCCAACUAAAUGUUCUGCAUGGUUCUUAGUUGGUUGUUUCCACUAAUUCAGUGCUUUCAAAAGUCGUCUUCAGAAAAGUGUCCUUCUUUCAAACUGAAGAAAAUAUUUAUUUGGUAAAAACUGUUAUUCAUUCAAGGCAUUCCACCCUUUCGACUCAAGUGUUGCUUUUGUUGACAGUCUACCAUCUGGGAACUGUGAGGUGUGGUGUAUACUUUUAUCUUGUGUUUUAAAUGGAGUCUAAUAAUGACAAAUGCCACUAGCCACUGUUGUAGUAGUACCAAGCAAUGAGACUCGCCAGGUGUGAGUUGAAGGCCCUAAGAAAAUCAACUUCCUAGGAGUGAUGUGGUCAUUGGAGUUGUUGAGCACAGGGAAAGGGAAGAAGGGAGGGCAUUGUUCCAUGGUUUCAGAUUCUGUCAACUCCGUUGAAUUUUUGCAAACGAUACAAAUAGUGAAGCAGUUAUAUUCUUCUGAUCUGUUUUAUCAGCUGUGUUGUGUUUUCUGUGAAUUGAAUUCAACACAAAGGCUGCCAUACUAUCUUCCUUAGGUGACCUACAUCAACUAUUUUUAGUUAUAAGAAUUAACCUUGUAAAUGUUUCCUGUAGAAUUUUCUAAGCUGUCUUUGUUGCAGUCACAACUGUCAAUUCCAUGGUACUUCAGGGUUAUUGAAGAGUCACUGAUGCCUUCUAGAAACUUCUCCCCAAAAUACUUCUGGAGUUCAUGAUUCCAUUCUUCUUUCUCCUCCUUGUUGAGAUAGAAAUGGUUUCUUCCUUCAAUUAUUUUCAGAUAUCGUUCGUUUAUCUCUAAAGCCUUAAGUUACUCAGAGCAUUUUGUCUGCAAUGUGUUGCUAAUCAUGAGCUCCCUGCAGUGUGUUCCCAUCACAAAUGAGCACGAAUGAGAACAAAUAAAUGGCUAGGAAGCACAGGUCUUAUUGUGGCAGUUAUCUCUGCUGCUAUACAGAGUAGAAAGUAGCUUUACUUUCUUACAUCACUGAUGUUCAUGUUCAUAGAUCUAAGAUAAGCACAUGGUAUUUAUAAUCUAAAAUUUGACAAACAGAAUAUCUUAGUGUUGUGUUCUUCAAGAGUGUAUGAAUACAAGAACUGUGGCUAAAGAGUUCCUCUUGUUGGGAUUAUGUUGAUAUCUGGAGUGGAUCCUGUAGCUUCUCCAUUUUUAGUUUUAUUAGAAUCAAAUUACUUUUUAAUAUAACUAUCGAACUAUAGCUUCCCUAGAUUUAAAAAAGGAGAGCAUUAGACCACUAGAUCCUAUCUAAAAACCCCGUCUGUGACUUUAUAUGUAUAUGUAUAAAUGUAAAAGUUAUUACUCUUCAAUUCUCACCAAAGGAACAAAAUUUUGUGUAAAUUUUAAUUUAAGUAUGUUAACAAGAAUUAUUCACAUGUAUUUAAUGUUAUAAUCCAUCUUUACUCAGGCCCCUCAAUCUUGCUAAGUUAAGGAUGAGACAAUGAUGCUUUUGUUACAUUGUUAAAAUAGAGAGGAAUGAUGUUAGCAAGGGAAACAACAAGGAAUGAAUGGAUGUGGGUAAAUGGACUACUGGUCUCCAGGGAAGAGCAGCAUAUAAAAACACUAAACUGUACAAGGGAAAUCAAGUAGAAGAUAUCCAUGUACUUGUUUGUUGAUGAAAUCCUUGGACCCAGGCUAUAACCUUAGCCUCUAAAUUAUAGAUGACACUAUCUUAUUAUUACUUUAUUUUUCCUUAAGCUUUUAAGAGAUAAUUUUAUUCUAUAAAGGAUUGUCUUCUGGCAUUGAUUCUAAAUUCAAGUUUCUAAGCUAAGGGCAUGGCCAAAUGCUGUGUCUUUUCUAUAUUUCAAGAUAAAAUAACACAUGGCUUCUAUAAGACAGUUAAUUUGUUGGGGGGCAUUACAUAAAGGUUAUCUUUUGUCCUAAAAUUCAUUUUAGUCAAUUGAAUAAAAUAUUAAGUUAUAUGUUAAUAUAUUUUAAUAGGUGAAUACUAAAUACAAAGUAAAGACAAGUUUGGGAACAAACAAACCGUAGAGCCCAUUGUGAUGACAGAUUGCAUUGUAUAUUAUGGUAUAUGAGGACUCAAAUAUAUCAUAUAUCCAUUCAUAUAUAAAACCAAACUGGUAUUUCAUUUUUUAAGAGAUAACUGUUAUUUAAAAAGUAAGUAUUAUCUUGAUUUUUCUUUUGACUUGUUGACUGAGUUUGAUAGGGCAUAUCAGAAUAUUAUAGUUGACUCUAAUGUGAAAAAAUAAACACCCAAUUUUCCAGUGGUAUGAAUGUAAAAUACUUGGACAUAGUGUAUAUAUAGUGUAACAUCUGUAUAUUUAAUCAUAAAGGCAGAUAAUCGAAAACAUUGUACUAUUAAGUCCUUCAAUUCUUGUUAAAUAUGAAACGUUUGUAUCUUGUAAAUAAAGAUAUCCUUAAAUUGGUUCUGGA